GCCUGCUCGGGGCGAGCGGGCGGAUUUGCCUUUGGAUUUGGGGCGGAGCGGGUGGGUUGUGCUGACGGCCUCGGCAGAAAGGGGGCGGCCUCGCCCAGCCUCUCUCCUUGCACACACAGCCUGGGCCGGCCACACGCUCCUAUCCGAUCCCAUCGGAUCCCCACCGAAAGCCCAGCAGCCGUUCAACCGGCUCCGCAUGGACAAGGCAUCGAAGUGGGGUCGCUCGGAAGAGGAGCCGGCCGAGGGAUUGCUGCUGUCAUCUGCCCGGGACCUGGAGGAGGACGAGGAGGAGGAAGAGGAGGAAGAAGAGGAGGAGGAGGGGAUGAAGCCAGGACUGGUGGUGGAGGAGGCGGAGGAAGAGGAGGAGGUGGACCCUCGCAUCCAGGGAGAACUUGAGAAGUUAAAUCAGUCCACGGAUGAUAUCAACAGACGGGAGACUGAACUUGAGGAUGCACGGCAGAAGUUCCGCUCUGUACUGGUGGAGGCCACGUUGAAACUAGACGAGCUGGUGAAGAAAAUUGGCAAGGCUGUGGAAGACUCGAAGCCCUACUGGGAGGCACGGAAGGUGGCGAAGCAGGCUCAGUUGGAAGCACAGAAAGCCACGCAAGACUUUCAGAGGGCCACCGAGGUGCUCCGGGCUGCCAAGGAAACCAUCUCAUUGGCUGAGCAGCGGCUGCUGGAAGACGACAAAAGACAGUUUGACUCAGCCUGGCAGGAGAUGCUGAACCACGCCACUCAGAGAGUCAUGGAAGCUGAGCAGACCAAGACACGGAGUGAGCUGGUGCAUAAAGAGACGGCUGCCAGGUACAAUGCAGCUAUGGGCCGCAUGCGACAGUUAGAGAAGAAACUCAAGCGCGCCAUCAACAAGUCCAAGCCUUAUUUUGAACUCAAGGCAAAGUACUAUGUGCAAUUGGAGCAACUGAAGAAGAGUGUAGACGAACUGCAGGCCAAACUGGCCCUGGCGAAAGGCGAGUACAAGACGGCCCUGAAGAACCUGGAGAUGAUUUCAGACGAGAUCCAUGAGCGCCGGCGCUCUAGCACCAUGGGGCCGAGGGGCUGCGGCGUCGGGGCCGAGGGCAACUUGUCUGUGGAGGGUCUGUCGGUGGGCAAGCCUGAGCUGGAUGCAGUUUCUGUGGCUUCCGAGGCAUUUGAGGAUGACAACUGUAGUAACUUUGUGUCAGAAGAUGAUUCGGAAACCCAGUCAGUGUCCAGCUUCAGUUCAGGACCAACGAGCCCCUCAGAGCAGUUCCCUGCAGCCGUCAGGCCAGGCAGCCUGGACCUGCCCAGCCCUGUGUCCCUGUCGGAGUUCGGCUUGAUGUUCCCAGUGUUAGGGCCUCGCAGUGAAUGCAGUGGGGCCUCCUCUCCGGAAUGUGAGGUCGAGCGAGGAGACAGGGCAGAAGGGGCUGAGAAUAAAAGGAAUGACAAAGUCAACAACAAUCGGGGGCCCAGCAACAGCAUCGACAGUGGCAAGAGUGAAAACAGUGUGUCUUCCAAGGGCCAGGCUCUGGAGAAGAGGAUGAAGCAACUUUCCCUCCAGUGCACCAAGGGAAUUGACGGCAUUUUGGCCGACAGAAACGUGGUGCAGAUCGGCUGAGGCCCUGGCCUAAUGCAUAUCGCUGUUUAUACACAAAACUGUAUGGAGAUCAUUGUGCCAUAAUCAUUUAAUGUAUGCCAAAUCAUACACAUUGACUUUCAACUGCACUAAAGGAGUUUCAGUGACUCUGAAGAUAUUUUUUUCUGGGUAAGAGCUUCUGGGCUGGUUGCUUUUAUUUUUCUGAGUAGCGGAGUUGCUGUUGGCAGUCUGUGACCAGGUUCACACCCUUUGUGAACUAGUUUCAUGACGAGGUAUGGAAGCAAUAACUAGUUCCAAUGUAAAAAUUCUACCCAACAGACGGGCUGGUAAACUGAGGCAUACUAGAGCCAGAAUCAUGCCUCUCUUCCCCUUCUCUCAUCUUCUCCUUGUUUAGGAAUAUGGAGAUGUUCUCUCCUGUAUAUACACCCCAAGAGAUUGAGAUGAAAAACUCUGGUGUUUCAAGGGGUGUCGAAAAAGUGAAUGUUGGGACACUUGUUAAAGGCAUUUUCUAGGUUUCCAUGAAAUGCACUUUUGGGGACGGGAAGAAUGAAUGCCAGUGGGAAAAUUGGGAGGGGGGUGAUGGCAGCAGACUCAUGAAAUAAAAGGGGGGGUUGUGGCUGUGGGAGAGAAGGUUCUGUAGUAUCAGCCCUAUCCUGCCCAGCCAAGGGGACUUAUUCUGAGAAAACUGCAUGUGAAGAAUGGUUGGUUGCCCUUAUAGCUAGAUCAACAGGUGUUCAUUUCUCCGUAGGUUGUAAUUUUUUAAAUACAAGACAUUAUUUAAGGGUUAUGCUGCAUUAGUAUUUCUUAGAGGAAGUUGAACCUUAAAGCUAGGAAAGGGAGUAGGCAUGUAUGGCAAAGGCUGCUAAAUAGAAGCAAUGGAGUCUGUUAUGCUAAUAAUAGUGUUAAGGCUACUUUUCUUUACUGUUUUCAAGGUGUCACAUAUUUAGAGCGCAGUAUUGUCCCUGUCUUUGGUCAGCAUUUCUAGAGGAAAAAGCAACUCCAUUUCAAGUUGUUUAAUUCUGUAUGUGGAAGUCAUUUGUACACUUUGUCAUACUGUAGUGUUUGCUCCUUUUUUUAAUAACCCAAACACGUAUCCUAAUUACAUAGCUAUUUUGUACUUGUCUCAAUACCUCAAGCAUAAUAAAAAUGGCUUAUGAAAAUG